UUCGGCGGACCUGACCCCCCGGCAGCAGAGGCCGGGCUCAGAGCCCGGUACCCGCACAAUUCUGGUGCAGACGGAGGGACUGCCUUGCUGGUGGCCUCUGGACCGCGCGAUGACUGGACGGACCGGAUGAUUCACAGGACUGUCCUGCAGUCCAGAAGGAACGAGAGUGGACCAGAUGAACCCCCACUGGGAGAACCGGCCCAAGGGAGGAAACUCCAGAGUAGUGAUGGGAUCACUGUGAAAGGGAGGAAGGAAAGGAAGGUGACUUCUGGGUCUGAAGACAAGCACUGAAGAUGAAGGAAGAUUGCCCAUCUAGUUCUCACGUGCCUAUCAGUGACAGCAAGUCCAUUCUGAAGUCAGAACUCUUAAGCCUGCUCAAAACUUACAACUGCUACCAUGAGGGCCGGAGCUUCCAGCUAAGACACCAUGAGGAAGAAGGGGCUCUGAUCAUUGAAGGACUCCUCAACAUCGCCUGGGGACUCAGACGACCCAUCCGGCUCCAGAUGCAGGAUGAUCGGGAGCGAGUGCACCUGUCAUCUGCCUCGUGGAUGCCUGAGCGGCCUGGCUACCUCCAAAAGGAAGCUUCACCCCAGGACAGCAAGGUCCCUACGGAGGAGAAGCCCCGUGCUCAGCCUGCAAACAAGGCCGAGGUUUCCAGAGGUAGCUCAGGACCCCUGGAGGAGGAGGAGGAGGUUCCCCAGCUUAUGCGGACCAAGAGUGAUGCCAGCUGUACAAUCCAGAGGAGACCCAAGUCCCGGGCACCCGGUGAAGCCCAGAAGAUUCGACGGCACCGCUUCUCCAUCAAUGGGCACUUUUAUAACCACAAGACCUCUGUGUUCACUCCUGCCUAUGGGUCUGUGACCAACGUCCGGGUUAACAGCACCAUGACCACCCAGCAGGUGCUUACCCUGCUGCUGAACAAGUUCCGGGUAGAAGACGGCCCCAGUGAGUUCGCACUCUACGUUGUUCAUGAGUCUGGGGAGCAGACAAAGUUAAAAGAUUGUGAGUACCCUCUGAUAUCCAGAAUCCUGCACGGGCCUUGUGAGAAAAUUGUCAAGAUCUUCUUGAUGGAAGCCGACUUGAGCGAGGAAGUGCCCCAUGACGUCGCCCAGUACAUUAAGUUUGAAAUGCCCGUGCUGGACAGCUUUGUUGAAAAAUUAAAAGAAGAGGAGGAAAGAGAAAUAGUCAAACUGACUACGAAGUUCCAAGCCUUGCGCCUGACAAUGCUACAGCGUCUGGAACAGCUGGUGGAGGCCAAGUGACUAGCUAGUGCUUGCCUUUUGUGAGACCUGUAAUAGCAAGUGUGCAUGGAGUUCCAGGGACCCAGACCCAACUGAUCACUGACCGUUGGCUGCUGCCCCAGGAGUCCACAGCCUGUGCUUCUUCUAACCUGUCUACAGAUUAAGUAGCAUCCUGUAUCUCUAGUGUGGGCAUCAUGGUGAGCAUGCUCAGGCACACCAAGGAACUUGCUGGCUCGGGUCUGUGUGCGAAGCUGGUCCAACAUGCUAACGCAG